UUAAGUAAAAUAUUUCCGCAAGCUAAACAGCGAAGCAGUCUAUCUAAAUAACUAAUCCAUCUAGCGCAACAACUUCUUUCAGUAUCAUGUAUUUUCCUUUAUCUAGUGUUUUUGGCGUUUAAAAUUGUAAAUUCUAAUUAGUGAAAAUAUAAAUAAGCGAAACACAAACGUUAUUUAUUAACCUCUUUUGCGUUUUCUAAGCUGGUCCAAAAUGAUUUUUAAUAUAAAAAUUUAGAAAGUUAAACCAAAAGUUUUAAAAAUCAAAAUGAAUUCUUUAGUCGAAUUACAGGAUUAUUUAAAAUGUAAAGAUAAUUCUGUAAAGUUUUUAAAUCAUUCUGAGGUUCCUAUAGUCUGUCAAAGUGAGCCAUGUAUGUUGGGAGUAGAUGAAGCUGGUCGUGGACCAGUAUUAGGACCAAUGGUGUAUGGAAUAGCUUAUUGCCCAAUAAACCAAUCUAAAGUUUUAAAGUCCCUUGGAUGUGCAGAUUCUAAGGUUUUGACAGAAGAAAAACGGGAUGAGAUCCUCGUAAAUAUGUUAACUAAAGAUGAAGCAGUUCAGAACAUUGGCUGGGCAGCAGAAAUAAUAUCUCCUAAUUAUAUUUCAAAUUCAAUGUAUAGAAGAGCUAAACAUUCUUUAAAUGAGGUGUCAAUGAAUUCAGCUAUAGAUCUUAUAAAAAAGGUAAUUGAACAAGGUGCAAAUAUUCAAGAGGUCUAUGUGGAUACUGUAGGUCCACCUGAGAAGUAUCAAGCUAAGCUGUCCGAUAUCUUUCCAGGAAUUAAAAUUACUGUAGCCAAAAAGGCUGAUUCCAUAUAUCCGAUUGUAUCAGCAGCUAGUAUAGUGGCAAAAGUGACAAGAGACCAUGCAUUAAAAGUAUGGCAGUUUCGUGAAGGACUUGACUUAGAUUAUACACAGUUUGGCAGCGGAUAUCCUGGAGAUCCCCUAACAAAAAAGUUCAUACGAGAUCAAAUUGAUCCUGUAUUUGGAUAUCCAUUGUUAGUCAGAUUUAGCUGGUCGACAGCAGAAUUGAUGUUACAAGAAAAAGCUAUAACCUGCACUUUUGAAGAAAUAGACGAUCCAACAAAAAAAUCGCCUAAGUGUAAAGCAAUAAACACAUUUUUCGCCCCAAAGUUAGAAGGAGUUAAGAAAAGAAAAAAACACAAAUUUUUCGAUGAACGAUAUUUGACUAUAGGUAAUGCGUUUGAAUAAAUGUGAAAAAUACAGGAUUUUACCGAAUUUAGCUUUGCCUUGUUAAAAAUUUAAUUAUGCGUAAUAAGAAUAUUAUUUUCAUAUGAAUGCAUGUUGAAAUAUUGUGAAAAUAAAUAAAUAUGAAAUCUUU